AUGGCCACCAAGUGGCCGAACCCAUCCCCGCAGCCCAAGUUUUAUGAGACGGUGAACAUCAGGGAGCUGCGUUAUGCUUCAGACACAAUUAGCCGGAAAUUUCAGGACGGAAGGUCCUUGCAUCAACUGGUCGAGGACUUGUUUGAAGGCAUUGCAGAUCCAAUGACUCAUCCGGACCUUGAGUUGGAUGUUGUUGAAUACGAAAACAUGCUGUAUUGCUUGAACAACCGCAGAUUGUGGUGCCUCAAUCAUUGGGCAAAGUCCACUGGACAACAUUAUUCGACAAAGGUGAAGAUUCGGGUCUACGACUGGAUGGACAGCCCUGCCUUCUUUCAGUCUCGGAAAACUACGCCUAAUUGCGGACAGGCUGUAUUUUUCCGCCAAGAUGAUGAGGACGAGGAUGAGAUGAAUACCAGACUUCCCCGGCAGAUGAAUAUGUCAAAAAGAAAGUCUGAAUACAUCCAUGUGGUUUGCGAUGGCGUGCAUGUCGACAUCCUUACGGGAGCCCGAUGGAUUCUGCGAGAAUCCGCUAUGGAGAGCGCGAUCUUGGAUGAGGAGUUUAGUGCCCGCCAGCAAUGGUCUGCACAGUUCAGUGUCUGGCAUGCUAAAAACCAGAGCGCCGAUGCUGCCGUGUUGACCGCCAUUAAGUUGGCCAAGCUAUGGGUAUGCAAAGUCGGCUUCCCUCUGUGGAAUGCGCUCUUGCGUCCACGUGGAUUCUUAAUCGAAACGAUUGUCCAACACGUCUGCCGGUCAAGUCGCACAGCAUCUUGCACUGGCUGGGACUUCUUUGUGCAGUUCCUCCGGUUUUGCAGUAAGGAGCCCGCGAUGGACCCGAUCAUGUGGCAGUGGCAGAGGUACUUCGACCACCCGGACAUUAACUGGGGAAGCGGUCCCCGUGUUCUUGAUCCGUUAAAUCCAACGAACAACCUAGCACGGCAGUUCCGUUACUGGGAGGACUUCCGAAAGCAAGCCAAGACAAGCCUUGAGCGAAUCUUGGAAAGGAGCUUGAGGAGCGGUAGUGAUAUGCCAUCGGACCCAGCACGGGACUCCAGCUCGGCACCGGCAGCAGGCAAGGAGGAGCUUCGGCGAUCUCUGACCAUGCUCGGGGUGCCUGUGCGCAGCAUUGAGGGUCUGCUGGAUGAAAAGCGCCACGGAUUCACCUCACUGGAGCUUUUGUGUCGGUAUGCGAAGGAGAAGGACUUGGAGGAUGUUGGGCUCAACACAGUUCAGCGAAGGAGACUCAUGGAGGCCAUACAGCCAGGUGGAUGCAUCUUCCGCAAGUCUUACAACCAGGGCAGCCCUGACAUGGACGAGGUGCAGCCGCAGGAGCCCAGAGAGUCGGCAAGGCAGAGGGAGGGCAGGAGCACUCGGUGGAAUCGUGCCGGCGCUGGAUACGAAGCCUCGGUCUCCGAGGCGAGCCAUGCCUCCCACUCUUCCCUCAUCAGUUGCCCAGUCCGCGGUGGUGAUCGCUGCUUCGUGGUCGGCACUCUCGUGCCUACUCCGGAUGCGCUCCUUCGCGUCGAAGAUCUUCACAAACGGGAUGUUCUGAUCGGAAAGAGCGGCAGACUCCUGACUGUUCAACAAGUUCAGCGGCACCCGACGGCUUGGCAUAGUUUGGUCACCCUCAGGACCGAAGCUGCCAGCCUCACCGUCACGGAGUCUCAUCGAGUGAUGGUCGUGACGGCCGAGGGCUACGAGACAGACAGGAAAGCAUCCCAACUUAUAGCUGGUGAUCGUGUCAGCUGUGCUCAAGGGCCCAGUAUCCUGCGCAGUGUUGCGCGGUCUUGCGAACAGAUGGAGAUCGUGGAGGUGGUCGUCAGGCCGGACGAGCCCUUCGAGUCCUAUCCGCCGCCGUCGGACAGCAUCUUCUCCAAGGGAAGGGCACCGGAG